AGCUAACAUACCAGUCUAUUCAUUCUAUAAGAACUGCUUGUGCCUUCGUUCCCUCGCCCGUCUCCAUUGGAGAAACCCACGACGCCGCCGCCGUUGCUCUGGGAGAGCUAAAGAAGCGAUCACAAUCUAUGCAGGUCUCUUCUCGGAAGCCUUCUUCACAGCUCUUGCUUCGGGUAUAGACAACCAUGUACCGACUUCCCUCGGGACUGCUUGGGUCAUCGUCCGGUCGCCGGAGUGAGAUGUCCGGCCGGGUUUUCCAAGUGGAAGUUGGAGAAAUCAUCGAAGAGGAACUGAAGGCUGAGAAGCCUUUGCUCAUGGCAAUCAAGCGUCAGAUCCAUGAUGUCUCACAGAGCAGGAAUCCAAAUCUCAAUUUCCUUCCUCACAUCAGUUACUAGUUCGAGGAGCCUGUUGGAAAAAUUUCAUAGGGCAUUUAUCCAUAAACGAAGAUCAAGAGCAAGAAGCAGGAGGAAAGUGAGAAAAUUUUGCUCCGGGCAUUGUUUCAUUAGCUCAACUGCUUUAGAUUCGGUAAGGUUGCAAAAUGGAACAUGAUGAGCCAACUGCGAGCAAAUGGGCAGACAUGCAGAAGGAUAUCUUAAUCAAAAUAUUCCUGCUUUUGGAUGUCCUUGAGCUUCCUAGCAUUGCUCAAGUUUGUAGCGAAUGGCGCAUUGCUGUUUUGGAUCACAUGCUUUGGAGAACCCUUAACUUAUCAAUGCUGAAGUCCAAUUUUAUUAAAAUCCCAAUUGAGCCAUAUGUUUAUGUGGACAGCCAUUCUGAUAACACAUUAAUGCGAGUAUUAAGGGUUGCCAUGAAUUUAAGCAUGGGAAGCACAGUGACGUUAAUAUUCCAUUUCAAUCUCUACAUCACAGAUGAUCAAUUGACUUAUACAGCAGAAAGAUGCCCAAAGCUUAAACGACUUGUUAUGCCUUCAUGGAACCGAGUAAAAAAGUCUGGAAUAUGCAAGGCCAUUCGAAUGUGGCCAGAUCUUGAGUCAAUGACAUUGUUAAGCAUGGCAGAUCUUCCAUACCUGUUGGAAGAAAUUUCCCGUAAUUGCAAAAACUUCUCUGAACUUAAAGUCAUAGGUCCGUGUGAUACUUUGUAUGCGUCUGCAUUAACAAAAUUUCUCCCAGGCUUAAAGGUUUUGAGCCUCCGAUGUUCAAGGAUUUCGAAGGAGGCUUUGAACACCAUAUUAGAGGGCUUACCAAAUUUGGAGGUGUUAAACAUAUCACAUUCUCUCAUUAUCGAUGUCCCUCAACUUCCUGCGUCCCCAAGAGUGCUCAAGGAUCUUGACCAGUCAAUUCUAAAGAAGGCUGGUCGGCUGCGCCGGUUCUUUACCUGUACUGAUGAUAAUUGCACCAUGUGCCAGCGCACCAGAGCUGAUGACGGGUUAUUAAGAUGGUACAGGUAUGAAGAGUUGUGGAAAAUGGAUGAGGUAAAGUCACUUGCCCUCUGAAUGCAUCUGCGGGUAGUAUAGCAGAUAAACUUUUUGGACAGGUGAUUUUAGUUUUUGCAAAGCAACCAAACUAUAGUUGUUUCACUGAUCUUCAAAUUGGCUUCAGACAAUCCCCCCUGACUGGUGGUUGCCGUUGUAUUUUAAACUGCCAUAUGCUUUUUAGCUGUGAGGUUUUAUGUUUGUUGUUGCUGUAUAGACAAUGCCCGUUUUAUGUUCCCAAUUGGUUUUGCUCUUGGUGUCUAUAUUCAGCUUUACAUGUAUUCCCUAAGCAGUAGAUGGAUUAAUUACUGGGUAUUUCCAAAGAGAAUUUGAUCCAGAAAGCUGUGUUACUUUAGAUUCAAAGACAGCAUUAAAGGGCCUGCUUUUGUA